GUGACCGUGAGCGAGCAGAUCGGUCAGAGAGCGAAGAGCCCGAUUCCUCCGACAGUCCCACUACCUCCCACAGCGCGCGAGGCAAGGGCGAGGGCGACGCGCGCCGGCCGGUCUCUCCCCAAAAGCUCAGCAGCCCCGUGCCGGGCUAGGCCACGAACGACCGGCCGCGACCAGCGCCCUUCUUCCUUGCUCGCGCUCGCGCUCGCGCUCCUGAGAUGGGGGGAGGAAGGGUUUGGGGCGAAGUGGCAGGAUCCCGCCAGGAGGCCCCUCCGGCGUGAGGAUUCUGGUUACCGAGCGUUGGCGUGAUGGACAGCCUUCAAAGUGAUCCUUAUACAAGGAGCAGCCUGCAAAUGCAUCUCAUGGACACCUCCACAUCCUUCGAAAAUAGCAAUUUGGAUUCGGUUAAGCAUGAAGUUCCCACUCCUCAAGUUGGCAUGACUUUUGAGACGGUUGAUUUGGCAUACCAGUCUUACCUAGAGUACGGGUACCGCGCAGGCUUUGGAGUUUCAAAAAGAACUUCCCAUAGUGUUGAUGGGGUAAAAUACCGCGCAACAUUUGUUUGUUACAAAGGUGGCAUUGCUAGGAUUAAGCCCGGCCUAAAAGCUCGAAGAAGGCUUGUUGCGAAGACUGGCUGCAAAGCUAUGAUGGUGGUGAAGUUUAAUGCAAGUGAGAAUCAUUGGGAAGUAGUGUUUGUUGAGCUGGAGCAUAACCACCCAUGUAAUCCUGAAAUGGUCAGAUUCAUGAUGUGUUUUAAGGAUCUCCCUGACUGGCAGAGGGAGCACCGCCCAUUCAAUGCGAAAACUAGAUUGAACCCAAAGAUUCAUUCUGGUAGAGGCAGGCCACCCAACCAAAACAAAGAUUUCAUGGUGAGGUCCUUCUCUCAGUCUAAUUAUUCAAUUGAAGCAGCUGCCAAGUGUGGGAAGCUGAGAUUUGCAGAGGGUGACGUUGAGGCAUUAUUAGUAUUUUUUGAUAAGAUGCAAGCUCAAAAUUCCAACUUUUUCUACAACUGGGACAUGGAUGAUGAAGGCCGGCUCAAAAAUGUUUGCUGGGUCGAUGCAAGAUCAAGAGCUGCAUAUCAACAUUUCAGCGAUGUUGUCUGCUUUGAUACUGUCUAUUUGACGUACCAGUUUGUCAUUCCAUUGGUUGCUUUUCUUGGAAUCAACCAUCACGGUCAGUUUGUAUUGUUGGGAUGCGGUUUACUGGGAGAUGAGUCUCCAGAGACUUUUUCAUGGUUAUUCAAGAAAUGGCUAAAAUGUAUGAAUGAUAAAGCACCUCAAGCAAUUAUUACCACCCAUUCAAGACCAGUAGUCAAAGCAGUCUCUGAGGUAUUUCUAAAUACUCGUCACAGAUACAACCUUUGGCACAUAAUGAAAGAGCUUCCUGAUAUGUCUGGACGAGUGGAAGAUAAGGAAGCAAUCAGCCUGAGAAUGAAAAAGGUAGUCUAUGACACCAUAACAGCAGCUGAUUUUGAGAGGGAGUGGGUUGAGAUGGCCAAUCAGUACAACCUUCAUGACAAUCGUUGGCUCACAACCUUGUUUGAAGAAAGGGCAAAAUGGGUACCAGCAUAUGUGAAAGAUGCUUUCUGGGCUGGUAUCUCUACUGUUCGCCGCAGUGAACGGUUGGAGGCCUUUUUCGAUGGAUAUAUUACACCAGAGACCACAAUAAAAAUAUUCAUUGAACAGUUUGAUAUUGCUAUGAAGCUUAGGUCUGAUCGAGAAGCCUAUGAUGAUUUCCGUUCAUUUCAGCAAAGGCCACAAGCCCUCUCCGGUCUGUUGUUUGAGGAGCAAUUUGCAAAUGCUUAUACGAUAAAUAUGUUCCAGAAGUUCCAGGAUCAGUUAAAGCAACUAAUGAAUGUGACUUGCACUGAAGUCAGCAGGAAUGGAUCGAUAGUGACCUACACUGUUACCGUCAUUGGGAAGGAGAGGAAGUUUGACUAUAGAGUGAUGUAUAAUAGUGCCGAGAAAGAGGUGUGGUGUAUCUGCAGGUCGUUCCAGUUUAAAGGUAUUUUGUGUAGCCAUGCUCUUGCAGUCUUGAAGCAAGAGCUUGUGAUGCUAAUACCUUCCAAAUAUAUUCUUGAUCGAUGGAGGAAGGACUAUAAAUGCCCCGAGGAAUCUAAGGAAACUCCCAUCGCACCAGAAGCGGCAAAAGCAACGGGGAAAGGCACAAAACUCGAUAAUGUCCGUGAAGAUAAAGUGGACAACCUCUACAACGACGGCCACCAGUACUUUGCUGACAUUGUGGAAAUGGGGGCAACUGAUGCUGAUGCAAUGGAGUAUGUUCUGUCUGUGAUGAAAGAAGCUAAAGAGAAGGUACGCAGGUUUGAGGAGUCCCGAAAAGAGAAAAGGCCCGAAGGAAGUCCGGUUUCUGCUAGUAAGAAAGGCGCCAAAUCUUCGAAGCCACCUGCUGAAGAUGUGGGAAACGGCACAUCUGUCUCGGCACUUGCGAAUACAGCAGUGGCGACAGUGGCACCAACAAUGAUGGUGGCAGCCACUUCAGCAGCUGUGGCGUCAUCUACACCAAUGCCAGUGCCGUCAUGCACACAAAUGUCAGUGCCGCCAACAAUGAUGGCUAUGGCUACCACGUCGGCAGCUGUCCGACCAGGAAUGUUUCUAGUACCGAUGCACCCACAUAUGGUUUUUCCACCCUUCACCCCUGGAUUACCAACAGCAGUACCACCUGUAGCGCCACCCCCAGCACCAACAGCCAAUGCGGUGGCCGUUGCUCCCAACCCCGCGAAGAAGAGAAAGAAAAGAAAGGGGAAUAAUUGAUCUUGUGACAUUGAUGAAGAUGAGUUGCCCUUAGGAUUGCCUGCUGUACAUUAUCGCCCUUGGCUUGGAACCACUAGUCUUAGUUAGGUGCAGCUUGGGACUGCUACUGUAUACAUGAUCAGCCUUCAGUCGGAUGCAAUCUUAUAUGUAGCGUGGCUUCUGAAUGUUAGUCUGAAUCUGACCUCGUGGAUCACGAUUUGGAGGAGGCUGGUACAGCCCUUGCAGACUCUUAUGUUGCUGGAGAUUUCGUCAAAUUCUGUAAUCAUGCUGUAUUUAUGGCCGGCCACCGAUGCUUGCUAGUCUCUUGUUAGAGAAUACCGGUAUGCUCAUCAUACAUAAACUCAUCAUCUGUUAUGCUGUGGGUAAUGAAGUAUGGUGGUGUAUGGUAA